AUGGCGAAUAAGUUUGGAUUAGGUUCUUUACCUUUAGAAACUAAAAAACCUAACACUACAGCGUGGAUAAAUAAAGCCAAACCUUACUUCCUGGAUCAAAUCGGAGACACUCUUCAAGUAAAUAAAGGACAUUUAAACGAAAGAAUAGGCGAUGUGAAAAGAUUCUUCAAACGUCAACUAAAUAAUAAAGAUUUUAUUGAUGAUACUAAAUUACAACAAGAAGUAACAAGUUUAAAAAAUUUUAUUCAACAACAAUUAUUCAAUGUAGUAGAUAAAACUCAGUUACAAACUUUAAGUUCAUUAAUAUCUAAUUUAGAUGAUAAGAUUACAAAGCAAAAAAUAGAUCUUAAACAACUAAUAGCCAAUAUUAAUCCAGGUAUAAGUGAAGACAAAUUGCAACGGGAAUUAACUAAAUUUAAAACUGAAUUACAAAAAGAAAUAACAAAUAUUAAACAACAAAUGCAAAACAUACAUGAUAGCGAAAUCAAAACCUAUAUUCAACAACAAAUACAGAACAUUGAUGAUAGUGUUAUUCAACAACAGAUAACCACUAUUAAUAACCUAGUUUUAAAACAAGACAAAAAUAUAGUCGCAUUAGAAAAAAAGUUUCUCAAGAAAGAAUCAUAUUAUUUCAAUCUUCCAUUUGGAAAAGAGAGAGAUUACGAUAUUUCUAUUACUGAUAAUAUUGAUAGAUCAAAAGACUAUGAAUAUAAAAGGUAUGGAUUUACAGCAAAUAUAAGAGUAUAUUUUAUUCCAGAUAGUGAUCCCCCCCCAAAAUAUUUUUGA